AUGACAACAACAACAGCAACUGCUGCUGCUGCUGCUGCUGCUGCUGCUGCUGCUGCAGGGCCUCACGGGGACAAAGGAUCCGAGCUGCGCCAAGAGCUGCAGCAGCCCCAGCGCCUUUACAUAAGUGGAUUUGCCGGCGCCGUUGGGCCCCAGCAGCAGCAGCAAGUUGUUGGCGUUGGUGUUGAAGUGGAAGUCGAGGCCUCUGAAGGCUGCGGAUCCUGA